CCUAUAGAAACGAGGAGGCGCGCGGAAGCUCAAGCGUGUAACACACAGGGAAGCUAGUCUCGCGCUUCCCGGAAACGAGACCGCAGAAUCAUGGCGACCGUCUCUGUGUGCCAGUAUCACCCCGGUGGUUUCAGUUUCGAAAACUGCAAGAGAAAUGCUCUUCUGGAGGCGGACACCAACAAGCUCGGUUUCAGCUCUCCUGCUGCCCGUAAAACCGGCACCACCAUUUGUGGAGUUGUUUACAAGGAUGGGGUUGUUUUAGGUGCAGACACUCGUGCGACUGAAGGGAUGGUCGUCGCUGAUAAAAACUGCUCUAAAAUUCACUACAUCUCUCCCAACAUUUAUUGUUGUGGAGCCGGUACCGCGGCGGACACCGAGAUGACCACACAGAUCAUCUCCUCCAACCUGGAGCUCCACGCUCUGUCCACCGGCCGGCUCCCACGAGUCGCCACCGCCAACCGCAUGCUCAAACAGAUGCUCUUUAGGUAUCAGGGAUAUAUUGGCGCUGCGUUAGUUCUUGGAGGGGUUGACUGCAACGGCCCGCACUUAUACAGCAUCUAUCCACACGGAUCAACAGACAAACUGCCCUACGUCACCAUGGGUUCUGGAUCUCUGGCAGCAAUGGCAGUCUUUGAGGAUCGCUACAGGCCCAACAUGGAGGAGGAAGAGGCCAAGAGUCUGGUGCGGGAUGCGAUAGCGGCCGGUAUCUUUAAUGACCUGGGCUCAGGCAGCAACAUCGACCUGUGUGUGAUCACCAAGGGGAAGGUGGACUACCUGAGACCUCAUGACGUGGCCAACAAGAAGGGAGUCAGGGAGAAUGAGGUUUACGGACACCCUGUGACCGGAAGCUACAGGUACAAGCAUGGCACUACCGGGGUUCUUACGAAGGCCGUGACUCCUCUGAACCUGGAGGUGGUGGAGGAAAGCGUGCAGACCAUGGAUACCUCCUGAGAUGACACUACCCACCACAUUUUGAUCUGUUUGCUUCCCCCAUAACCAUUGACCCCAAGUCCUAUGUGGUGGUUUAGUCAUUUUUCAUUAUUUCCAAUAAAAGACGUUGUAAGUUGAA